UUUGCUUUCAAUUCCUUUUUGUUUUACCGUCUCUUAGGCAAAAAUUUAACUUGGUUGAAUGUUGGAUAGAAAUUAGAAAAAUUUAACAUGGUUAAAAUGCGGUAGAAAUUGGAAAACUUCAAUUUGGUUGAAUGUUGGAUAGAAAAUAGAAAACUUAACUUGGUUAAAAUGUGGGGUAGAAAUUGGAAAACUUUAAUUUGGUUGAAUGUUAGGUAGAAAUGGUAUUGGAUUUUGAAGUUUAUUCCAGCAUAUCGUACUGGUGUUAUUGUGAUCAUGUAUGAAGACUUCUUGACUGAUAAAUGUGGAUGGGUUAAUUGUUAUGUUGUGAGAAAAUUAUUGAAGAAAGAUUUUUAUGCAUUGGAACUGUUUGAGAAAAUGUCUGAGAAAGGUAGUGAAGACAAAAUGGAAAUAUCUCACUAGAGAAACCUCUACAUUUUUGAGAACACUAAUUAUAUCUAGAAUCCCUCUGGUUGCACAAUUAUUGUUGAGCUUUUAGUAAGUAAAUUUCAAGGAAUCUCUGCUACUUUUCACCAAUAUGCUACAAGUAUACCACCAAUUGCCUUUGCCAUUCCUUGGAAGCCAACCCCAAAUUAUAAAUACAAAUGGAAUGAGCUUUCCCAAUUUCAAAAUGUGGAGUUCGAUCAUGUUGCAAAGGCAAUUGAGAAUGUGGGGGUCAGAUGGAUGGUACUACCAACUGCUUCAAUCUUAUUUCUCUUGGUUGAUGAAAAGUCUAAGAGACAAAGUGAAUGCACUAUGGGCACCUAUUUUGAUUUAGUAUGCUCUCUCGAAGGUCACCUAGAAAGCAAUUUUGGUGCCUUGGCUAUUGGUUUACAUGCUGAUUUCUAUCUUUGGUUCACUCGUAACCUUGAUUUUUGGCCUAUUUGGGAUCCGGGAGAUGCAUCAGAGAAAGCUGUCAAACUGAUAAUCUAUUUUCAGUACAUGGAGGUCAAGCGAAUGGGUGUUUUUGUGAAUCUAUUUUUCCGGAGGGAACUACCAUUGAAAGGUAUUGAUGUUGAACGGAGGGCAGUGAUUGUAGUUGAACUGAAAACAUGCCUUUUCACAAGUUCUCUGAAUUUGAGGAUUGAGGUCAAGCUAUAUGGGCAAGAGAAAUCGUUGACGGAUAUCCAACUCAGAAAGAGGAAUCCACAUCAGGUGAACAGCAGUUGGAAUACCACAGGCAAGCAUUUUCAUUGAGAUAUGAGGAGUGAUGAAGGAGCUACAUAAACUGUAGCGAGCUGCAUGAAGUAGUGAGAUACAUGAAGUAGCUAUAUGAAGGAGUGAUGAAAAAGCUCUAUGAAGGAGUGAUGAAGGAGCUACAUACACUGUAUGUACAAAAGGGAAGAUGCUUUUAUCUGCACGUCUUCGAAAGAAUUCAAGUUUGUAUUUUUAGUGUUUAAGGACGUGUGUUAAUAUGUUCAAACACAUAUCUUAGGUUUGUAAUGAAUGUAUUGGCUUUACCACAUUGAUCUUAUAUACAUUUGUUUUUAUUAAUGAUAAUACAAAAUAUUCUUUAAACAA